UUUAUAAUCGCCUUAUAACUAAGGGCGUCCCGAGAGUUGUAGCCUAGUUUUUCAUCACAUGUCGGGAGGAUGUCAUGUAAGGAGUUGUUGGCCAUACUGUUUUUAUGUGGAUGUCUUCACUAUUCAUUCGAGAAGCCUAAUUCAGUUGGAAAGACCCUGUCCCCGGUGAUUUUAAUGCCUGGUGAUGGAGGGAGUCAGUUCUUUGCCAAGCUGAAUAAAACAACUGUUCCUCAUGUCUUCUGUGAAAAGAAAACAGCUGAUUAUUUCGAUCUGUGGCUCAACAUUUAUGAGUUGGCACCCUACUUGAUUGACUGUUUCACAGAUAAUAUGAGGUUGGUUUAUGAUCGCAAGACUCACACCACCCACAAUGCACCAGGGGUUGACAUACAGAUACGAGGCUGGGGAGAUACAGAAACGGUGGAGUGGCUUGAUCCUUCUCACUUUGGGUUCACAAGUUACUUCUACUACAUUGCCCUGGAUUUGGAAUCCUGGGGAUACAAGCGUGGUGUCUCCAUCAGGGGAGCACCGUACGACUUCCGCAAGGCACCAAAUGAGCUUGGAGGCAUGUACAAGAAGCUUCAGACCUUGAUAGAGGAAACCUACACGCUUAACAACAACACUUCUGUUACACUUCUUGGCCACAGCAUGGGGAAUCCUGUCACACUCUACUUCCUCAAUCAUAUGCCACAGGCCUGGAAGGACAAGUACAUCAAGUCCUUUAUCAGUCUGGCUGGUGUGUGGGCAGGUGUCAUCAAAACUCUCCGACUCUUUGCUUCAGGAGACAACUUGAAUGUGUAUGUGGUGGAGGCUCUAAAGGCACGGUUAGAGCAGAGGUCAAUGGCUAGUACAGCAUGGUUAAUGCCCUCUGACCUCUACUGGUCCGCUGAUGAGAUCUUGGUCACGCGUCCAGAGAGGAACUACACAGUGAAGGACUUCAAACAAUUUUUCUUGGAUCUUAACUACACAGAUGGCUAUUACAUGCACCUUGAUACAAAAGACCUGAUCCGAGAUCUCACCCCACCAGGUGUAGAAGUUCACUGUUUACACGGCUAUAAUAUAUCCACGCCAGGAAGAUUGGUGUACGGUCCGAACAUGUGGCCAGACACACAGCCUAAAGUGAUUCCGGACGAUGGAGAUGGAACUGUCAAUAUACGAAGUCUAGUCGCCUGUAAAAAGUGGCAAGGGAAACAGAAACAGAAUGUGUACCAUAAACAGUUUAAUGGGGCAGAACACAUGGAGAUUUUAAAGGAUCCGAGAAUAAAGGAAUAUUUAAAAUCAGUUCUUGUGCCCUAACAUCGUUUAACUGUACCUAUAGGAUGUUUUAGUGCCCUAACAUCAUUUAACUGUACCUAUAGGAUGUUUUAAUUCUGUACAUAUACAUGAAAGCUUAUAUGUAAAUACCAAGGUAUUUAUAUAUGAGGCCUUGAUGAAGAUUUACGAUCUUGUCAAACUUUUAACCAAGCUCACUGCAAAGAUGCCUUCUAAGUUUAUAUAAAUAUAAACUCUAUUUAUGUUACAACAAGUAUGAAACAAGUUACUUCAACUUAUAUCAAUUACUCUUGUUUGCCUAGAUGUUAGCGCUCUCUGGGUCUUAGUGUGGUAGGAAAUCGGAGUACACACAGGAAACUGAAGUACACAGAGAAAACCCACAUGGUCGGGCAGGUGACCCAAUACGUCUGAACGGGGAAUCGAGCCCCAGUCGCCAUGGUGAACAGCAAGUGCAUUAUCCACUGCGCCACCCAACCACCUUUAAGUUUGAAAGAUACUUUCAAUUUGUUUUAUGAAUCCAAAGUUUCUUUCUCUGGUAUUAAGUUAUUUUGCUUUUGGCUCUAGAUAAUAUUUACUAUUUUUUAUUGCUGCAGUUUCAGAAACAGAACGUUAUAUAGAUAAGCCAAAAGCACAUAUAUAUGAAGCAGAAUGUGUGAAAGUUUGCCAUGGGUGAGAGUUUGAUCAUGUGUGUUAGUUAGUGGUCUUGCUUUCCAUUCUAUUUAGAAAUAACAUUGUGUUAUUUUCACUUGGUAAGUAUAUAGUAAUGAUGGCUAAACUCUCAUCAAAACAAAAGCGUAGUGUUACUUUAGACUUCUGGGAUGAAACAGAAAAAGAAUUUGAAAUGUAAAAGGCAUUUCCCUAUAUCCAUCCAUUAGGGAUAAAAUGAUAUGCUUACAACAGAAAAUAUCAUUUCAAACACUGAAUCAUAACAUAUGUAUGGAUUUAAUAUCAACCUAAACUGAACAUUAAUUGCUAGCCAUUGGCCGCUUUCAUUGACUGCAUUCCAAAUGCUAGGACUUAGUGUUGUUUGUUUAUGAAAUAGGGACAGACCUAGAGAUUUAACGCUGCUUUCUGGUGAGCCUUUGCAAAGACCUUCGAAACCUGCAUUAACAUUUAUAUACAUCAACAAAUAUCCCCCAGGUCUGUUGCAGGUUUCCAAAACUUUUCCCCCUAAUUGUAACGACUAAUUCCCAAUAAAAACCUUAAUUGAAAUCUACCAUUUAUCCAGCAUCAGAAUACUCUUAAAAGAAAUUAAUUAUGAUAUUAUUUAAAAAAAUAAUUUAUAAAGUGCCUUAAAAACACCUGCUUAUCUUAUUAUAAGGCUCAUAUUUAAUCCAGGUCUUAAUCGUAAAUCUUAUACGAGAGAUAAAAUAUCAUCUAGAUGUUCUCCGGUUGAUUUGUGGUUCCACCAACUUCAUUGUAAAGACUUUAUCCGAAAACCAUCUUUAGUCAGGAUUAAGAAAGUUACUUGGUGUUAUUAUUU